UGGCGGGGCGGCUGCGGUCACGUGGCGCCAGGCCCGGCGGGGCGCCCUCCGCGCACGCGCGGGGCGGAUGUUAGCGCCGCCGUUAGUGCCGCCAGCGCCCGGGCUCUAUGGGGAGAACAUGGCUCCCUUCCCUGAGGAGGUGGACGUCUUCUCGGCUCCGCACUGGCGGAUGAAGCAGCUCGUGGGGCUUUACUGCGACAAGCUGUCCAAGACCAACUUCUCCAACAACAAUGAUUUUCGGGCUCUUCUGCAAUCUCUGUAUGCCACAUUCAAGGAAUUUAAGAUGCACGAGCAGAUUGAAAAUGAGUGCAUCAUUGGUUUGCUUCAGCAACGCAGCCGGACGGUGUACAAUGUGCACUCAGACAACAAGCUCUCCGAGAUGCUCAGCCUUUUUGAGAAAGGGCUAAAGAACGUAAAGAAUGAAUACGAACAGCUAAACUAUGCGAAACAACUGAAGGAGAGAUUGGAAGCCUUUACGAGGGAUUUCCUUCCUCAUAUGAAGGAGGAAGAGGAGGUUUUUCAGCCAAUGUUGAUGGAAUACUUUACUUACGAAGAACUGAAAGAUAUUAAAAAGAAAGUAAUUGCACAACACUGCUCACAGAAGGAAGCUGCAGAAUUCAGAGGUCUUAGUAAGUGGAAUCAAGCUGAAGAGCUUCAGAAGGUCUUUAAAUAUUCUGUGGAUGAGAAGACAGAUCAAGAAGCUGAAGUGACUGGGCACACAACAAAUAUUACUAAUCUUCCUCCUGAAGUGAUGGUGACCAUUUUCAGUUACCUUAACCCCCAGGAGCUAUGUCAGUGUAGCCAAGUAAGCACUGAAUGGUCACAGCUGGCUAAAACUGGAUCUCUUUGGAAACAUCUUUAUCCUGUUCGCUGGGCCAGAGGUGAUUGGUACAGUGGUCCUGCAGCAGAUCUUGAGACAGAACCUGAUGAGGAGUGGGUAAAAAAUAGAAAAGACGAAAGUCGUGCUUUCCAGGAAUGGGAUGAAGAUGCUGACAUAGAUGAGUCUGAAGAAGCAGCAGAAGAUUCACUUGCCAUUAAUGUAGCACAGAUGGAAAAGCGUUUACUUCAUGGCUUAAUUCAUAAUGUUCUCCCACAUGUAGGCUCCUCAGUGAAGACAUUAGUACUGGCCUACAGCUCUGCAGCGUCUAGCAAAAUGGUUAGACAGAUCUUGGAGCUUUGCCCCAAUUUGGAAUAUUUGGAUCUCACUCAAACUGAUAUUUCAGACUCAGCAUUUGAAAGUUGGUCUUCAGUUGGUUGUUGUCAAAGCCUUCGCCACUUUGAUCUGUCUGGAUGUGAAAAAAUCACUGAUGUGGCCAUAGAGAGGUUUUCCAGAGCUUUGGGUAUCAUAUCAACUCACCAGAACAGAGGCAUUCUGAAAGGCUGCAGAAACAGAAUCGCUAAGACUUCAUGGAAGAACAGGGAGAUUACUCUGCAGUCCAACAAGAAGUAUAAUUGCUUGCAUGAAAUCAACAAUGAAAACCUCAUUGAGGGAGCAGACAGUAAGCAUCAUUGGACUAAACCUGACAGCUCUGAAAACUUCAGUUCUGCAUAUGUGUGGAUGCUGAAUGCGGAUGAUUUAGCUGAUAUUGAAGAUGCUGCAGAGUGGAGACACAGAAAUGUUGAAGGAUUUUGUCUUGUGGAGCCAGCGUCCCACAUUAAUUGUUCUGCAUCUUGCUGCAGUAGAGACAUUUAUGGUUUAAGGACUAGAGGGUGGCAGCAGCACUGUGCUUCUACUGACUUCAUUUACUGCGGUCACUCGUUUUGCUGUGCUGGAACAGCACUAAGAACUAUUCGAGCACUUCCAGAGUCCUCUGCACUGUGUAAAAAGCCAACAAGGACUAAACAGUCAGAGGAAAAGGACUUGGCAUACUCUGGCAGUGACAAACCAGAUGAAGAGACUGCACGAGUUCUUCAGUUUCUCAGUCUGUCUGGGUGUUACCAGAUCACAGAUCGUGCUCUCAGGGCGUUGACUUUGGGAGGAGGACUGCCACACUUGGAGCACCUCAAUCUCUCGGGUUGUCUCACUGUAACUGGUGCAGGCCUGCAGGAUUUAGUUUCUGCAUGCCCUUCUCUAAAUGAUGAACACUUUUACUACUGUGACAACAUUAACGGUCCUCAUGCUGAAACCGCCAGUGGAUGCCAGAAUUUGCAGUGUGGUUUUCGGGCCUGCUGCCGCUCUGGCGAAUGACUGCUGACUUCUGAUCUUUCAGUCUACUUCAUUUAGCUGAGCAGGCUUCCUUUCAUGCACUUUACUUACAGUUUGCAUCUUGUGUUAACAAUCCUUGGAGUGAGAUCUGUUAUACUAGCCUUGACCCUGCCUGUAACUUCAGAAUCUUAAGUGUACUGUACAGUGUUGUAACAAUCUCACGAUCUCAUUUGGUUUGAAGGGUGUUGGGUUUUCUCUUACUUUUACUUGGGGAAGAUGGGAAAACAUGCAGAUUUUUUUUUAAUGCCACUUUCUUCCAAGUUUGGCACUUAGGUAUACUUUAAUGGAUUAUUUUGUGUUAAGUGAAUGGUUUCUUAUUUUUAAUCCAUCAGUACAAUAUAAAGCUCUGCGGCUAAUUUGAAAUGUAUUGUUUGCAUUUGGGUAACAGUAAUACAUCUUUAGGAGCCUUGUUUCUCCCCCUUUCCUCUCAUCUUGAAGUUGUCCUUUAUAUUGCAAAAUUAGGGUAAUUCCCACUUUUCUUUUGCAUUUGGUUUUGUAUUUGGGCUUGAAAGACAUACUCAAAUAAAACAUUC